GAUUUGGCCCACGGCAUCAUGUCAAGUCUUCACUGAUGUUACCUUCAAAAGUAAUACUCCAGAAAGGUCCCAAUGGAUCAAGAAAAGGUCGUGGUCCUGUUGAGGGCUGAAGUGGAACGCCUGUCGACGGAGCUUCAGGAGACGACUCAAGAAAAGGUCCAAGCUGCUAAGUAUGGGCUGGUGGUGCUGGAGGAAAACGCGGACCUCAAACGGAGAUGUGGAGAUCUGGAGCUAGAGCUAGAAUCGCAGAGACUGGAGCUGAAGCACGUUAAAGAGGCAUUAGCCGAGUCUUACAGUAAUCAUAAACGGGCCACAGCUGAUGGGGAAAGCCGGGAGGAGUGCUUACUUCAGGAGACAGCUUCCAAAGAAGCCAAGCUGACAGAGAAAAUUGAGGAUUUACAGACUGACAUUAAACAGCUGAGAGCCCACCUGAGUAGUACCUCUGCAGAAAAUGACCGCCUCAGUGCCAUAAUCCAGGAUCUUAAAAAGGAAUGCAAGGGCAUAGAGACUGAAAAAGCUCAAUUGAAAGAUGAGGUCAAACAGUACAAGGUCAGAGAAAAUCGGCAGCUGCAGGACUGCACAGAACUGGAGGAAGAAAAUAUCUCCUUACAGAAGCAGGUUUCCACUUUGAAAGAGAACCAGGUCGAAUUUGAAUGCCUAAAACAUGAACUGAAGAGAAGAGAGGAAGAAUUUGAAGUACUCAAUGGUCAACUGGACGAAAUGGCUCGACUGAAGGAAAUUUCUGAGCAGCAGCUGGAGGAGGCCCUAGAAUCCCUCAAGAGUGAGCGGGAACAGAAGAACGAAUUGCGCAAAGAGCUGUCUGGCUAUGGUAACUAUGGUUCCCUCAGGAACCUGCAAGUGAACCUGGAGGAACUGAAUCAGGGUGAUGAAGACGAACUGGACAGUGGAUACGCCAACGGUGGCUUCAGUAAACUUCUUGGGGAGAACAUGGAGUCCACCCCCGGGGCCAGGAACAGCCUGCCACCUGAACCUGGUUUAGUGAGUGAUCUGUUCAGUGAGCUCAGUUUUACAGAGAUUCAGAAACUGAAGCAACAGCUCCUCCAGAUUGAUGGAGAAAAGUCGACUCUGGCGAAUAAUAUACAAGAGUUACAGAAGCAGCUGGAUGGCAGCAAGGAAGCCCUGGCGAAACAACAGGAGCAAAAUAGCCACCUGCUUGAACGGCUAAAGGCUCUAGACGGGCCGUCUGAACCCAGUAAGGUGAGGUUGUCCUGUGUUCAAGAGCAGAAAGACGGGGAUGAUGGCCAAUGGAUCGAGCUGAACUCUGAGGAACUUGGGAUCGGUCCCCCUAGUUCACAGAUAACUCUCCUAAAGAAAGAACUGGGUGAACUUCACCAGAAAUACCAGAAUAUUGAAGCCAAGUACAGAGAGGAGGCAGACAGCUGGCAGGCCGAGUCUCAAGAGCUGGCCGAGAAGGUGAGGUUCUACGUCAGAUUGGGCAGGCAGGACCAAGAGGUCAUCGCCGACCUCGAGAGCGAGCUUCGGGCCUCGAGGAAACAGACCUCGGACUUUCAGGAAAAACUCAGCCUGGCUCAGGAUGAACUGGCAGCCUUUACUGAAGAGUUGGCUAACAUGUAUCACCACAUCUGCGUGUGCAACAAUUUAAUUCCCAACCGGGUGAUGUUGGACUACUAUAAAGAUGGCCACGCGACCAAAGCCUACGUGAGGAAGAGGAAAUCUUCCGAUCUCUUUGGGAGGACCUUGUUUUCCCCGGAGACGGGAGCUGGGGAAACGGGCAGUGGUGACCAGUCCCCUUCUUCCUCCUGUGGGUCACCUUGUGGUUCUGAUUUUGGAGACAGCAACAGGGAACCCCUGAAUCUGACCACUCUGACUGCCAUCAUUCGGGACCAGAUAAAGCAUCUCCAGACCGCGCUGGCAGUGUCGUGGCAUCACACCUCCCGAGAGACCAUCUCAUCGGAGUUGGAGAAGGAUAAGGAUGUCCUGGUUGAGGAGAUCAUGAAGUUGAAGUCUUUGCUGAGCACAAAGAGAGAGCAAAUCACCACCCUGAGGACUGUCUUAAAGGCAAACAAGCAGACUGCUGAGGUUGCGCUCUCCAAUCUGAAGAGUAAGUACGAAAAUGAGAAGUCUUUAGUGUCGGAAACAAUGAUGAAACUGAGGAAUGAACUGAAGACUUUGAAAGAAGAUGCUGCUACAUUUUCCUCCCUAAGGACAAUAUUUGCCAGCAGAUGUGACCAGUAUGUCAUCCAGCUGGAUGAAAUGCAAAGGCAGCUUGCCGCCGCGGAAGAUGAGAAGAAAACGUUAAAUUCUUUGCUGAGAAUGGCCAUCCAGCAGAAGCUAGCUUUAACCCAUCGCCUGGAGACUCUGGAAAGCAACUGGACGAAGCCACUUAGCAAAUCUAAGUUUAGAAACCUAAAAGUAACCUGAAACAAGAGGCAGAGACUCAAGUUUUGUCGCCGAUGCUCCUUACCAGAGAGGAUCCAGGUCUGCAGAGGACUAGGUUUAGGCAGGAGGUCAAAUAAUUUCAGAUGAAUCUUGUGAAUGAUUGUCCAAAAAUGUAGUGUUUUCUUCCCCCACCUACACAAGCGUGUUGUUUAAAGCUUAGAAAAAGUAAAUCCAAAAUCCUGCAAAACAGAUGGACAUGUUGGAAAAGGAACGCGAAAGCACUGAAUCCGAUACAAAAUAAAAUUACACUCCGCUGAAGUCAUUUUACAUUUACUGUCCUGCAAUCCUGGUGUUGAACAAGAUAGUAGAAGAAAAAAAGCAGAGUGGUGUCUGGAGAAUAUUUCCUAAUAUCCGUUAAUGGUUUCAACCUGUUCUUUUUCUCAAGGCAAGCUAACCUUCCUAACGAAGAAGCCCCAAGCACAUUCUUUGCCCUGACUAACUGCAGGUUUUUUUAAGUAUUUAAAGUGCCUUAACUUCUUAUAUUUCCAAGUAUACUAGUGAGUUUCAGCUACAUUGGCCUAUACACGGUGCUGUCUGUGUGCAGUAUUGGUUGUUAUGUAUAGGGGAUUUCCACGAAAGCACUACUGCUCUUUAAAAUUUUUAAAUGUGUAUGUUUGUGUGUGUGUGUGUGUACAUAUGUAGACAUAUAUGAUCAAAACAGCAUCUACCAUUUUGUCAUCUGAGGGGGAAAAACCCCUGAGCACAAAUACAAGUAGCGGGAAUACUUUCGGGGAUUGUUUAUAACGGAGGAAGGUGCUCUCAUGUGGGCCACCGAGUCUGGCGUGUGGAAUGCUUCUCCCCGAGGUGUUGCCACCUGCCUGGUUUGGUUGUUUCCAGGUAAAAUCAUCAUCAGUCGUAUUUAUUGAGCGCUUACUAUGUGCAGAGCACUGUACUAAGCGCUUGGGAAGCACAAAUUGGCAACAUAUAGAGACAGUCCCUACCCAACAGUGGGUGUGAGGUGUGCAGGACACCACUACCAGCUCCGACGCGAUGGCGACACACAUCAAGCGACUCAAGGGGUUCGUGGUUGUCAGGAGAGACUCGCGCUAACUGCAGAUUUGAGUAACAGAAUGGGCUUUUUUGUCAUUCUAAGGGCAAGGUUUUUUUUUUUUACCCUCAGUAAGGAUAAGAAGAAGCAGCAGAAAUAAGCAUCAACAGGUUUUGAGGACUGCAGGAAGAGUUCCAUCUGUGGGAUUCUGUAGGGUUGGUGAGAAGCCGGGAUGGGAGACAGUAGAGCCUAGCAGCCGGUCUGAAGUGCACACACCAAAAUAAGUAGCAGCGUGGCUCAGUGAAAAGAGCCCGGGCUUUGGAGUCAGAGGUCAUGGGUUCAAAUCCCAG